GAUCAGAAUCAACAUUUGAAUCACGAGCAUCCCAUGAUGGAAGUGCAGAGGAAGAAUGAUGGUCAACUUAUUCUCUGCGAUGGCAGUGCUUGGGCCUAGCUACACUUGCAACAUUUGUUACGAACAGCGUAGAAGUAGCUUCGAUCUCCAUAAAUCAUGCGCCGAGCUACUGGGUGAGAUCCACCACCCGAUCCACCGCAAGCACCCACUUACUCUUGACACAAGCGACAGGGAAAAGAGUUGCAGUUUACAGUUGUUUCCCCAAUGUGAGUUCAACAUUGACCUCCAAUGUGCUUCCAAUUGGCGCAACAUUCUUGACUUUCAUGACCACAAAUUCACCCUUAAUAGGAAGCCAGCGCAAUUACCUUGUGAAGCCUGCGGCAAAGAAAGUGUUAGUACUAGAAUUUACAGUACUAGAUUUAUUUACAAUAAAUAUGGCACCGCCAUGUACCUCUGCAGCAUCUGCCAGCUCCUGGUCCAUGGAUGUUGUUCUAGGUUACCAACCCACAUCAAAACGGCCCAGCACCAACACCGCCUAAAGCUCACCUGGUGGUUUGAAGAUACUUUCCCAAAAAUCCAAAAUUUCUGUGACCUCUGUUAUGGAAACAUGGACAAAAGCCGCGCAGUUUAUUAUUGUGAACAUGAAUGUUGCAGUUAUGUCGCCCACAAUGACUGCGCAACACGACGUUAUGAGGCAGUUGAAGAUAGUGCUGCUGCUGCUGAUGAUGAUAGAAUAAUCAGCAACCAAAUUGAGUUGCAAAUCAAUCACUUCAGCCAUCCACAUGUCUUAGCCCUCAUCAAUAUUGAUCAUCAAGAUAAUGGUGAUGAUGAAGAUGAUAGAAUAAUCACUUGUAAUGGCUGCAUGCGACCCAUCACCAAAGUUGAUGCCUUUUAUAGCUGUACAAAACAAGAGUCGUCGUCCUCUUUCUUUCUACAUACAGCUUGUGCACAGUCACCUAAAAAGAUGCAUUUGGCAACUAUCAUUGGCCAGUCGGACUUGGAACUCCAUCCAAGGACUCAUUCGAUUGGUGGGGUGUUCAAGUGUCUUCUUUGUUAUACGUUUGGCCAAGGCUUCGUAUACCUUUAUGAGAUUAAUUCAAUUUUCGGCAUUGACUUUCAGUGCGCUAUUCUAUGGAAGCAGAAGUCUCUUAAACAUGAGGCUCAUGUUCACACCCUCCAGUUUAACAAAAACAAUGAAAGCACUUAUAAAUGUAGGGGUUGUGGCACUUCUAAAAUUUUGUAUUGGUUCAGUUGUAGGAGAUGCGACUUCCAUCUCUGUUUUUCAUGUGUUAAAUUACCUCCUACAGCAAGGCACAAGUACGACAAUCAUCCUCUCAAGCUCACCUAUAACAGUGUUGAAAACGAGUUAGAUGAAUAUUAUUGUGAAAUAUGCGAAGGCAAACGAGAUCCCGGACUCUGGUUCUACUCCUGCUCGGAUUGUGACUUCGAUUGUCAUCCUCAUUGCAUUCUCGGGAGGUAUCCGCAAGUCAAGUUAGGAGAUAGUUACAAGCAUCCGACUCACCCACACCUUGUCACCCUUGUUGACAAGAGAAAGAGUGAAAUUCCUUCCGAUAAGAGAGAGCGGAUUCUUCCUUCUCCAUCUUCAUACUUGGAGAGCUACACUCCUCUUUCCAGAGGUGUGGGCAGAAAUGACGAAAUUCAACCUUCCAGAGGUGUGGUAAGAAGAAACUAUGUUCUGUAUAAGAUCUAG